UGUGCUUAAAAAUUUCACUUCAAUGGUGGAGACAUUCAGAAAUCAGAAUACGUCACUGUCAAGUAAACAUAAGCAAAGCUCAUUCAGAAGUGGGAACGCUUGGCAGAAAAUAACACCCUCGUAGCUGCAUCUAACUUUGCUUACAUGUCAUUCUCAUAUUGAGUUUUUCAGAAACGAAGAUCAUGAGGAAAUUUCGUUCAAACGCGUUAUGGGACACAUUAUGGGCAAAGUCAACUAUUUGCUUGUUGACGAUUCUAAUCUCCCCCCUUCCUCGCGCUUUCAUAUUUCAUAGGUCAUACAACUCUUUUUCUAUGGGCUUGCUCUUUUCGAUCAUUAUUUCUCUUCACUCUGAAAUCUAUUCGAGUUUUGACAACAGAGAUGAGUUUUGUGUUUUCUCCACCGUCUUUUCAUAGUUCAUACGAUGGUUUUCAGACACAAGCCCAAACUUCGUUCGAUAAAUUCGAUGACAACUUUAAUUCUACGAUGAAAUGGGCAGUGGCUGGGUCUAUUGUUUAUCUGUUGGUGGUGAUAAUGGCCAUUAUAGCAGUAGUAUACGCCAUUGUUCAGUGCUUGAAGAAAGCAGGAUCAGUGAUUCCAGCUUACACCCAGAUUCCAAAUACAGAUAAUGACCAUAAAGCUUCAAAUUCACCUCCUUCAAACAACAAAGAAAUUGCAUUAGCAAUGCCACCAGAUUCACAAGUGGAGUUUGCAACUAUGGAAAGAUUCCUCGACAACAUCAACCAAGAGAAACCCAUCAGAUUCUCACCUGAGGAACUUGAAGAAAUCACAAAGAACUACACCACUGUUUUGGGGUCAGGUGCUUUUGGGGUGGUUUAUGAAGGUGAAUUGUCAAAUGGACAGCAAGUUGCGGUGAAAGUUCUCAACAGUUUGGAUCUUGGUACAGAAGAGCAAUUCAGGGCAGAAGUUAGCACCAUAGGAAGAACUUACCAUAUCAAUUUAGUUACGCUCUAUGGCUUUUGCUUCCACCGUGAAAAGAGAGCUCUUGUAUAUGAGUAUGUGCAAAAUGGGUCUCUCAACAAUUUAUUAUUUGGCAGUCUGAACAGAGAAGUUGAGUUUGGGAAGCUUCAUGAGAUUGCCAUUGGAACCGCAAAAGGAAUUGCUUACUUACAUGAAGAGUGUCAACAUAGGAUCAUUCAUUAUGAUAUUAAACCAGAGAACAUACUUCUUGGCUUGAACUUGGAACCAAAAGUAGCCGAUUUUGGUCUUGCAAAACUUUGCAGCAGAGAAAGCAGCCAUGUCAAUAUGACACACUUCAGAGGAACAAGAGGAUAUGCUGCACCAGAAUUGUGGAAGUGUUCUCCUGUGAAUUACAAGUGUGAUGUUUAUAGUUUUGGUAUUAUUCUCUUUGAGAUUGUGGGGAGGAGAAGGCAUUUUGAUAGUGGCUGCAGUGAAUCACAGCAAUGGCUUCCGAAAUGGACAUGGGAUAUGUUUGAGAACAAUGAAUUACCAGUGAUGCUUUCACUGUGUGGAAUUGAAGAGAGAGACCGGGAAAAAGCAAAGAGAAUGUUAAUGGUGGCCCUUUGGUGUGUUCAAUAUUUGCCUACUGAUAGACCUCUUAUGAGUAACGUGGUAAAGAUGUUAGAGGGUGACAUAGAAGUCCGUCCACCACCAUUUCCCUUUCAGAAUUUGGUGUCUUGUUUGCCACCACUGACUUCGCAGGGAACCAAUGAAGGCUUAGAUGCUUCUACUUCAUGGGUGACAGAAUCUUCUGAACAAUCUAAUUCUAAACCAGCCAACAAGAUAUUCCAUAUAGAAAAAUCUGCAUAGAUGUAUGUCACAUUGUGUAAAAUUGAAAAUUCUUUUACUUUUGUCAUUUAGUAUGACUCUGCUUUGUAAAUUUUGCAUAAGAUGAAGCCAAAUUCUUGUUUGCUAUGCUUC